AGGUAAUUCUCUAGAGGAGGUACGACGGAUAUUCUGUAGUAUUACUAGACGAUAGUAUUGGAGUAGUGCCCGCGCGGGGAAGUGGGCAGGCAAGAGCGGGUACGUGCCUAGGCCCGAUUGUGCAUAUGAAUUACCUACAUGUAGCCAAAAAGUGUCUUGCCUACCUCCUAGACCUAAGCUAUACUUGCCUAUACCUAUAGGCGAUGCUACUGUGUGUACUCCAUCUCGUCAUCGCCAGCCUUCUUACAAAAGAGAUACAUCCUAAGAAUAGUUGUAAGAGUAACAAUCCCCCCCACUUGCUAGAUUUAGCCUUUUACAAUAGCCUGCCCUCCAAAGAGAUAGCCCCUCUUAUUAGUCAAUUUAUCAUAUACAAAAGGUAUUAUUGCUCAUAUUGUCGUCCUUACAAAUGUGAACGCACGGAGAAGACUUACACUACCAAGGUGUAUAUACAAUCACAUUUGAGGCUACGUACGCCUGUGCUGACUAUUUCCUUGCCUCUUCCACCUCGGCAAACUCGCAUCUUUGCCGGAUUUAUUUAUCUCGGUGGCGUGGGACAUAGUAGAUCGGAUUGGAGGGUUGUAGAUUCUUACACACCCAUACACCAAAAUAGAGUAUCAUCCGGCGCUUCCAUCCUUGAUACGACCCCGAAAAAUCGAACUCUCUUCCUAGCCAUAAGAGAAAAGAAAGAGUAAUUCAAAUCGAGUAACCACACAAUAGAACUAUCCAGGACUUUCUCGAUGCGUCAUCCGACGAGCGCGAUUUACAUCUAGCGUUAUAAGAGCGCCAAUAUGGAUUUGGGCCAGCAAGCCUUCUAAUAGUUCGUUAUUAAGAGGGUCAUCUGCAACUCCCCGGGGGAUGCAUGGUAGUGCAUGGCGGGGGAAAAGAACCAGGAAGUGAGUUAAAAAAAAACGUGGGAGGUCGCAGCAUAAGGCCCUCCUCUAUUCUCCAAUCAAAGCUUUCUGGAGUCAUGUAUGUAUGAUGCUGAUGACAAGCUGCGAACGUUCCUAGAUCUAAUAUGAGUCGUUAUUGGCGGUCAUCAUAUGCGCAUAGUUAAUCUUGCUUUAUUAAAUCUCUAAAGUAAGAUUUGGUUUUAGCCAACUAGGUGAAAAGAAAUACUCCGUAUAGAUCAGCUACCUACCUGUCGGAGGCCUGUUUUUACAAGCAAACAAUCUAUACAACCAUAUUCGUGCUGUUACCUUACCUUACCUACUUGAGAUCUAUAAAUUGUUAAAUCGCC